AUGGAAGCUGCUAGCCAGAUGAAGCCAGAGGCCUGGACUGUAUCUUCUAAUGAAGCAUUAAAGCUUUCAUUGGUAGAUGAUGAUGGCGCGGUUCAAUUCUCACCCACCUUCACGUAUCCAAUUUACGGCGAUUCAGAACAAAUCUUUGGAUAUCAGGACCUACAAAUCUUUUUAGUUUUCGAUUCUGUGACAUUCAAGCCAUUCACUAACGUCAAAUACGGUGCCAAGCUAAUGGAUACUGUCGAUGAUGUACAAACAAAGCUCUUGAACUAUCUGCCAAAAGACGAUGUGAUUAUUAGGGACGAGAUGAAAUGGGUCGAUACUUUUAGCAAAGAGCGAGAAGAAUUCGAGCUACCCGAUGACAGAUUCAAGGUCAAAAGCUACAAUGUCGAUGAGAAUAAUUAUACUAUCUACAAGGUAAAGUUACAAGAAGCAGCCAUCAAAGCAUUACACCGUAGAAUGCAGAUAUUUACGUUGCUCUUCAUUGAGUCUGCUUCAUAUAUUGAUGAAGAUGACGAAGGAUGGGAAAUUUUUUUGACUUUCAAUGCCAAGACCAAGCAGUGCGUUGGUUAUAGCACAACCUACCAAUACUGGAAAUAUACCGGAGGCCCUAAUUUUGAUAAUAACGAAAAUUCGUUUACAACAGGGAAGAUUUCUCAAUUUAUGGUUUUCCCCCCUUAUCAGGGAAAUGGGCAUGGAUCUUACCUCUAUAACGCUAUUGUUGACGUCUACCAAAGCGAUCCUCAGGUUCUCGAAAUUACAGUGGAAGACCCAAACGAAAGUUUUGAUUCACUAAGAGACCGAAACGAUUAUCUUCGACUUAAAAACAGCGGAAUUGCGGCAGCAAUACCAGAUGAGCUUCCUAUCAGCGAGGAAUGGAUAGAAAAGGAGAAAGGUAAUUGCAAAAUAGAAAAAAGGCAGUUUAUGCGUUUGAUCGAGAUAAACUUACUGAGCAAGUCUUCUCCUAAUUUUAGACUGCAAGUGAAGAAACGACUUUACGAAAAGAACUUUGAUCUGUUAAGUGAUCUUGAUGCUGCGACGAGGAAUGACAAGUUGCAAACAGCUUUUCUUUUGGUCAAAGAAGAGUAUGAGGCAAUGCUUUCAAGCAUAUCGUCAAGAAAGCGCACGUUAUCAAACAACUCCGGCAGUAGUUCCAAGAAAAUAAAAUUAAAUAAUAAUUAA